AGCAAACCCAAGCUCCGCCAUGGCAGAGAUGGAUUUUGUCCCCAGCGAGCGCAAACCUGGAGAGGACUGGACGACCCAAGUGAAAUCCAGCAAAAGCUGUGAUUCCGCGGCCUCGACACAUGCGCAGGACGUCUUCCAGUUGAGGACAGAAGUGACGGAGGACCUCUCACCCAAAGGCUGGAACACUGAUUUGGUCGAGGCAAACCAUGACUUGGAGACCGGAGCGAAGAUGCAGUGCUCUGGUGAGGCUCAAGUGGAGCCCUCCACACAGGAGAAAGUGCCUGAGACUUCAAGAAAGCAGAAGGAGGUUUGGUAUGUCCUGAUGACGAUGUUGUACUUUGUCUAUCGCAGUCAAGAGGAGUCGAUCUUCACCCCGAAAGCCUUCAGCUUGCGUUGGAACGACCUUGUGGGCCUGAUUUUCAUUGUUUCCUUCCUCCUGACUCGAAAGCCGAGUUACUUGGUCUACGCCAUCAACCCCUUCCGAAAUGUGGUGAUGAUUCUUCUUCAGACCAUUUGGCCCAGGAUGAAAGCAGAAGAGACCAACCCAGAGUACUACCGCAACAUUUCAUCAGCUAGCAUCCAGCUAUGCUCUGCAUGCGCCAUUUGGUUCCUUACAACACCCCAGCCGAUUGGAGUGGGUACUCGCUGGGCGCUAGAGAUGCCAUGCCUGGACACUUCGUGCCUCCGUGGGCGCAUGUCCUGUCUCAAAAAAUGGUUGACGCGAGUCGUGAAUUUCCUGCUGAUCGCCACUGGUAUUGCUGCAGUUCUCAUGGCCUUAGAGAAGCAAACUCAUGGGUUCCAUAGCCUGCACACGGAGGACCACGGUUGGAAGAUCAUUUUGUCAGUGGUGCUGGGUGUGGCGGAAGAGGUGACCUGGAGAAAUGUCUACAUGGCAGACAAUAACAACUCCAUGCAGGCCUUCACUUGGGGUGUAAACCACAUCGUUGCCGGCACCGGGAUGAACAAUCCAUGGGUCUAUGGUGUAGUCAGUGGGAGUUACGCUUUUUGCCUCGGGGUGACGCCUUAUGUCACCCUGCGUUUUUUCCACCACGCCGCAGUGGAGUAUUUUGUCAUCGACAACUUGGUGAAACCAGAAGGGCAUCCCAUUUGGUUGACGCAAAGCGUCGUUUGAUCACCGCACCUUUCGCUCACUUGGAGCGACUGUCGCUAUUGUCUAUACUGGGGUAGGGGAUGUCAGAGGUGUUUGGAGGAG